AUGGCGGGACCUUCACGUCGUUACAAUAGCGAUGAUGAGGUCGAUCCUUACGUUGGAAUUGAUACCGAGAGUGCUUUGCAUACCCUCGACUCUCGCAUUGCAGAGCUUCUCGGCUUUCGGGCAACCAUUGCGGAAAACCGAGACAGUGACAGUGAUGCAGACCGCCGCAUGGCAGAGAGUAUGACUGCGGCUGUCCUUAGCGAUGGCCCUCUAAUUACGACCCACAUCCGCGAGGAAGAGGUUGCCGCUCACGAUCAUCGCUUGGCUCGCCGUCUCGAUGAUGAGUUCAAGCGCACCCGCAGAAUGACGCCACCAACGGACGGAGACCUUCCUCCUCUGUCGAGCCUUCCUUGCGAAUCCGAGAUGGCAUUUCUGUCAAAGAUAGCCGGUCUCUUCGUUUCCGAGUCCGCCGCCCGCUCCCUCUUGCCCAACAACAUCCUUGUUGCUGAGACUGAAGCCAACGGUCAACUUAAGGCCUCUCAUCAGUGCACAAUAUGCUUGGACUCGAAGACCUGGGUGGAGGUUUUCCAAGCCCCUUGUCGCCACGAGUACUGCGGUGACUGCAUUCGCACCCUUUUCCAAGAGUCCUACAAAGAUGAGUCGCUGUUUCCACCUCGAUGCUGCAAGCAGACCAUCCCGAUCACGGGCAAGUUCCUUGCGCUGUUUCUGCCUACAAGUAUUCGAAACCGCUACGCCACUCGCAGCAUCGAAGUCACAACCACCGAUCGCACUUACUGCAACAAAUGCAACACGUUCAUUCUGCCGAGAACUACUGAGGACAACGUCGCAGUCUGUUCCGCAUGCAAGGCCAGAACCUGCUCCAAAUGCAAGCGUGCUGCCCACACAGGUGACUGUACCACAGACCCAGCCGAGCAUAAGGUCCUGCGGCUGGCUAAAGAGCAAGGAUGGCAGCGUUGUGCCGUUGCGGUCACCAAUUCUGCUAUAUCUGUGCUGCGAAGUGGAAGUCUUGUAGAUGCGUUGCCUUCACUUUGGAACGACUACUCGAACGAGCAAAUCAGAUUGUCGAUCGAGCGCCUGUCCGAGCCCCGAAUGCAGUUGCUCGCCGAGCACAGGUUCAGCAAGUUGCUCGCAAUCUUGAGGGCCGCCAUGAGGGCACGCACCCCAACCGAGCUUGGAGGAGAAUUGACGGCCCAAACGACUGCGAAGAAUGCCAUCAGACCUUAG